UUCUUUUUUUUUUUUUUUCCUUUCUUUUUUGGGCACUUUCUUUUUGCCGCCACUCUUUUCCGGGUUGCUGCUGGGCCAGCUUUCCCCCUCAAGGUUUCUAUCUCAUUCUCUCACCUUUGAUUAGGUAUCUUUCCGACCCUAUCUGGUCUAUAGCAUCUUUUGCUCGUUCUUCUCUUCCGAACAAUUCACUUCAGGAUGCGUUCCUACAUUCUUAGCGGCGCUGUGGCCCUGAGCUCUGCGCUCGGUGCCUCCGCCGCAGCCACCGCUACUUCCGCCUACAGUGACUCGGUUUCCGGCAUGGACUUCCAAAGAUGGUGCGACUCAGAUACGGGCUUCUGUUUCGGUAUUGCGCUGCCUGAGACCGUGGAGAAGAGCUUCAUCGGUCAGCUGAGUGUGCCUCUCGACAGCUCUAAGGGAUGGGGUGGUGUCAGUAUGUCCGGUUCCAUGACCAAGGCUCUCCUCAUCGCAGCCUGGGCCAACGGCGACUCUGCUGUCGGAACCCUCCGCGAGACCAGUGCCUACUCCAGCCCCGAGGUUUACAGCGGCGAUGCCAGCAUUCUCGAAAUCCCCGAGGGAACCUCCGUCAACAGCACUUUCCUCACCUAUACCUUCCUGUGCGAGAACUGCAUUCUCGGCGAGCCCACUACCUUCGGCGCCACCGAAGACACUUAUUACUUCGGCUGGGGUCUCAGUACGACCAGCCCUACUACCCCCUCCUCCGAUUCCUCUGCCAUGCCUUUCCACGGAGCCGGUUACGGUGGCUUCGAAGUCUACCUGUCCAAGGCCAAGUCGUCUAGCUACGCCACCUGGGCUGCGAAAGCCGUCUCGAGCACGUCUACUGCCUCUGCGUCCGCCUCGGUUACCAGCCCUUCUGCCAGUGCCUCGGCCAGUGUCGUCGCCACGGUUUCGAACACGACCUAUGAUUACAUUGUUGUCGGAGGCGGUGCUGCCGGUAUCGUUGCCGCUGAGCGUUUGGCUGAGACCAGCAAGAAGGUCCUGCUGAUCGAGCGUGGUGUGGCUCCUACCACGGAGCUGGGUGCGACCGAUGCUCUUUCGUGGAACUCCUCCAUGACUCCUUUCGAUAUCCCUGCCCUCGGCAGCUCCCUCACCUCCCUCAACUUGAUGGGCGACUACCUCUGCGACGAUACUGCGGGUAUGGCUGGUUGUGUUCUGGGUGGUGGUACCAUUGUCAACGCCGAAUCCUUCAUCCACCCCCAGGAGGCCGAUUUCGACGACAAGUGGCCCACCGGCUGGAAGUGGAAGGACAUUGAGGCGGCUGCUAACCGUCUGUACGCGCUCAACCCCGGAAGCACUCUUCCCUCGGCCGACGGCAAGCGGUACGAUCAGGGCAUGUACACUGUUCUUUCUGGCUUCCUGAAGGGUCUUGGAUGGAAGUCUGUUGACUCCCAGAAGCAGCCCAAUGAGAAGCACAUGGUGUACAGCUACCCCUCGUGGGAUGUCGGCAAUGGUAUCCGCGCUGGUCCUGUCCGCUCCUACCUCCCCUUGGUCCAGGACCUUGACAACUUCAGCCUUCGCACAAGCACCAAGGUCCGCCGUCUUGUACGCCGCAGCGCCCGCGUUACUGGCGUUGAGGUCGAGACCAGCUCUGGUGGCAUCGAGAUCAUCAACCUGAAUGCUGGUGGUAAGGUUGUCCUUGCUGCGGGUUCCAUGUCUACCCCUCGCAUCCUGUUCAACUCCGGUAUUGGCCCCACCGAGCAGAUCCAGACUGUCAAGAGCGGCAACACUGGUAUCACCCUCCCUCCUUCCUCUGAGUGGAUCAACCUGCCUGUUGGCCAGAACCUCCGGGACCACCCCAUGUUCACCGUCACCGUCAACACCAACAGCAACUUCACCCACUUCAACACCUCCAGUGUGGUUCCCGGCCCCAGUGCCGCCGCCCAGAAGCUUUUCGCGGAGGGCUCCGGUGUCCUCACCCAGGGUGGCCACCGUCUCCAGUUCUGGACCUCCAACGUUGGAACCGAUGGCAUUACUCGUUUCUACCAGGCUUCCUGCAGCACCAGCACGGACGGUGUGAUCACCAUGAAGCUGUACCUGACCCACGGUGCCACCUCGACCGGUGUCCUUGGCAUCGACAGCUCCGGCACCACCACCCUCGAGACCGACCCCUGGCUGCAGACUGCCGCGGACAAGGAAGCUGUGACCCGCUUCUUCCAGAGCUUGAUCGACGACAUCAGCAACUCCACCUCCGGCUUCUCCAUCUCCGGAACCUCGACCGCUUCCGGUAUCCUUAACCUGAUGACCAGCGGUGACCACUUUGUCGGCACUGCGAAGAUUGGCACUGACGAUGGACGUGUCAGCAACGGCACUUCUGUCGUUGAUCUCAACACCAAGGUGUACGGUACCGAGAACUUGUACGUCGUUGAUGCCAGUAUCCACCCCGAUCUGCCCACCGGGAACACUCAGGCCAUCGUCAUGAUUGCCGCGGAGGCCGCUGUGGCCCGCAUCAUCGCCCAGGGCACGGAUGCCGUUAGCGCCAGCUCGUCUAUUGCUGUUUCGGCGGCCUCUACCGCUGCUGCCCAUUAUGCAUCUGCUACCGAGUCCUCGGUUGCUGUCAGCAUUGCGACGGCUACUCCCGAGACCACCGCUGCCAGCGUUGCCGCCGAGGCGACCGCCACUGCUACCUCCGCGUCCAGCGCUGCUUCUUCCAGCUCUGCCUCUGCCUCCGAUGACGAUGAGGAUGACGAGGACUUGCCCGACUGUGACGAUGAGGAUGACGAGGAGGAGACCAACCCUGAGGAUAGCUUCUCGGGCUCUGCCUCUGUGACUGCCCACAAGGCUGUGGCUACUCAGGCCGGCUCCGGUGCCUCGACCACCACCGUGUGGGUGACCUCGACCGCCUGGACUACGACGACCGAAGCCGUGGUUACCACCACCACUUCUACCGUCACUGUCUGGCCCACCUACGCCUAGAUAGGCCGGUGACUGGACUCUCUUGUCGACGGUGGUUGUGGUUGUAUGUAUAUAGCCGGACUUCACCGUUCGAUUCUCUGUAUUUAGACCGACCGCAUUUACUAUCAGAAUUAGAAUAUUUGCGAUGCACUCAGCUGAUUGUUUUGGAGUAAAAGUAGUCGCCACUCUGCCAUCCCGGUCACGACUGGACGAUGCGAAGAGGACUAAGGC